AUGAUUUUCGAGGAGCAAAGGUUUAUUCACGAGGACCUUGAGCGCCUGGAGCAGGCGAUUGCCGACCGCGUCGCCGAAGAGCCUCGUAAUAUACGGGAUCGCCUGGCUCGUGAUCAUGAAGUCGCCCAUUUUUUGAAGCGUAUCGAAGACCAGUCCAAGAGGUUGCUCGACAUCUACAAGGAUGCGGACGGCGCGCGUGAGAAGGAAAUCCAAACCAUCUCAACCGGCGAUCAAUUCGAGGAAUUCUACAAGCAACUGGAUGAGAUUAAGGACUUCCACAGGCGCUAUCCUAAUGAACCAGUCGAGAACCUUGAGCGGGCUUAUAAGCGCCGUCAGCCUGGAGAGGGUGAAGUAACGGGAAUGGAGAUCGACAAUCUGUUCACUGGUGAAGAGGGUUAUGGGCAAUUUCUGGACCUCACGACAUUGCACGAAGACUACCUGAACUUGCCUGGGGUAAAACGGCUCUCAUAUGUACAGUAUCUCGACAUCUUCGAUGCGUUUACUCCUCCGCAACUUCCGAUCAAGCGAAACAAUAAGCUUUCCGAUCGGUAUUUCAAAUAUGUCGGCGAACUCGCAAACUACUUGGAAAGCUUCAUUAAGAAGGUGAAGCCGUUGCAAGAUCUGGACAAACUGUUCGCUAGCUUUGAUGAGGAGUUCGAAAGGCAAUGGGCGGCGAACGAGGUCCCUGGUUGGACAGAGGAGGCUGCUCAGAACGGUACUCAGGGUCCGAAGACCGAGGGCUCCGGAGAAGGUAUCUGGUGUGCUGACUGCGAGAGGGAGUUCAAGAAUGAGAAUGUCUACAAGAACCACCUGACAGGAAAGAAGCAUAUCCGGGCCGCUGAAGCACGCAAAGCCGCCGGGGAUGACGCAAAGCCAGCAGCCCCUGCGACAAACGGCACAUCAUCCGUGGCUCAUCGACUCAAGGAACGUGCAGUCGCAGAGAGAGAACAUCGGGUGCGUUCUUUGACGCAGGUACUGCAGCCCGAGCGUCAAGCAACGAGGUUCAAUGUCGAGCGGAGACAGGGUAUGACUGAACGGGAGCGCCAGAUGGAACUUGAAGCUCUGCUUAAUGAGUCCGAGAACCCUGGCGGUGAUCGUGCUGGCGAUCAAUCUGACGAGGACGACGAAGACCGAAUCUACAAUCCCCUCAAGCUGCCACUUGCUUGGGAUGGCAAGCCAAUUCCUUACUGGCUUUACAAGCUGCACGGCCUUGGGGUGGAGUAUCCUUGCGAGAUUUGCGGUAACUUUGUUUAUAUGGGUCGUCGUGCGUUUGACAAGCACUUCUCGGAGGCUCUACAUAUCUUUGGUUUGAAGUGUCUUGGUAUCACAUCCAAUACCAACCUCUUCCGUGAGAUCACUCGGAUUGAGGAUGCAAUCAGGCUUUGGGAGAAGCUAGAGCAGGACCGCAAGAAGGACAGAGAUAACCGCGACAAUGUGGUACAGAUGGAGGAUGCUGAAGGCAAUGUGAUGCCGGAGAGGAUUUACCUUGAUCUGCAAAAGCAAGGUAUCCUAUAA